AUGUUGCGCUCGCUCUCUUCCAAGCUUCCUGUCAUCAGGUCAGCCACACGCGCCUUCUCGUCCUCCGUACCGGACUCGCAUCUGUUAGUGAUCAACGCUGGUAGCUCGUCGCUCAAGUACUCGCUGUUCGGCUUAGAGCCCGAAGGUGUGGGUGCUGCCGUGUUCACGGGUCUCGUGGAGCUGUCCACGCCCAGCAGUAAGAAUGGCCGCAUCACGCACAAGACGCUGGCCACUGGCAAGAAAGAGCAGAUCGAGUUGCCGUUGGACACGCACCGUACGGCCCUCGAGACCGCCGUGGGCAAGUUCUUCGGCUCGGAUCUGGAAGGAAUCAAGGCCGUGGGCCACCGUGUUGUGCACGGCGGUGAGGCCUUUAGCCGUGCGUCACUCGUAGACAAUCAGGUGGUCGAGGCCAUCAAGGCCAACAUUAAACUAGCCCCACUGCACAACCCCGGUAACCUCCUGGGUAUUGAGGUGGCCACCGAGGUCUUUGGCCCGUGUCCGCAAGUCGUGGUCUUCGACACGGCCUUCCACGCCACUAUGCCGCCCAAGGCCUUCACGUACGGUAUCCCACACAAACUCUACGAGGACUUUGGCGUGCGUCGCUACGGUUUCCACGGUACCAGCCACCAGUUCGUGGCCAAGAAGGCCGCUGCUAUCCUUGGCAAGCCCGUGGAACACUGCAACUUUGUUACAUGCCACUUAGGCAAUGGCUCUAGUCUUGCUGCCAUUAGCAAGGGUCGGUGCAUUGACACCAGCAUGGGUAUGACACCGCUUGAGGGUCUUGUCAUGGGCACACGCUGUGGCGACGUCGACCCUGCGCUCCACGCGUUCUUAUGCAAGGAACUUGACAUGACUAUCCAGGAAGUUGACACUAUGCUCAACAAGAAGAGCGGGUUGCUUGGUAUCUGUGAUGAGAGCGAUAUUCGUGUUAUCCAGGACCGCGUACGUGCUGGCAACGACCCUGUUGCCUCUUUGGCGCUCGAUGUGUUUGCCCACCGUGUCCGUAAGUACCUCGGUGCGUACGCUUUGGAGCUGGGUGGUGACCUGGACGCUGUCAUUUUCACGGCUGGUAUUGGCGAGAGCUCGGCUAUGAUCCGUGAGCGUGUGUGUCGUAAUUUGGGCUUCCUUGGCAUUGAGCUGAACGAGGACAAGAACGCUGUGUCCGUGAUGGGCUCAGGCCCGGUGGAGAUUCAGGCCGACGACGCCAAGACCAAGGUGAUGGUCGUUAACACGGAUGAGGAACGCAGCAUCGCCGAGCAGACGUAUGAGAUCGCACUCAAGAACUAAGUUGCAAUUGCUUUUUGAAUAGUUUCGGUUGACAAUCAUUCUCGAAAGUCUUGUUGCACUUGUUGCAUCUGGAAUGACACAAAGGCAAAAUGGUGAGAAUAUAAAAUAUGUUUGUUCA